UUUCUGCCGGCCAGAGCUGCAUCAUCAAGCGGUACUGCGAGAAGAGGUUCGUGCCCAAGUACCUGGCCACCAUCGGCAUCGACUACGGCGUCACCAAGGUGCAGAUCCGGGAUCGGGAGAUCAAGGUGAACAUUUUCGACAUGGCCGGACACCCCUUCUUCUACGAGGUGCGGAACGAGUUCUACAAGGACACGCAGGGGGUGCUGCUGGUGUACGACGUGGGCUCCAAGGAAUCCUUCGAUUCCCUGGAUUCCUGGCUGGCCGAGAUGCGCCAGGAGCUGGGGCCCCACGCCAGCCUGGACAACGUCGUCGUCGUCGUCUGCGCCAACAAGGUGGAGGCGGGCCGGGCGCGGGCGGUGGACGAGAGCGAGGGGCGGCUCUGGGCCGAGAGCCGCGGGUUCCUCUACUGCGAAACCUCGGCCCAGAGCGGGGAGGGCAUCCAGGAGAUGUUCCAGGUGCCGGGAACGGCGCGGGAAUAACGCGGGAAUAACGGGAAUCUGGGAAUGCGGGAAUCUGGGAUGAGAGGGAUGCAGGAGAUGUUCCAGGUGCCGGGAAUUCCCAAUGGGAAUAAUGGGAAUCUGGGAAUGCGGGAAUUGGGAUGAGAGGGAUCCAGGAGAUGUUCCAGGUGCCGGGAAUUCCCAAUGGGAAUAACGGGGAAUUGGGGAUUGGGAAUGCAGGGAUGAGAGAGCAUCCAGGAGAUGUUCCAGGUGCCGGGAAUGACGCGGGAAUGCGGGAAUCUGGGAAUGACGGGGAUCUGGGAAUGCAGGAAUUGGGAUGAGAGGGAUCCAGGAGAUGUUCCAGGUGCCGGGAACGACGCGGGAAUAACGGGAAUGCGGGAAUCUGGGAAUGCGGGAAUGCGGGAUGAGAGGGCAUCCAGGAGAUGUUCCAGGUGCCGGGAAUUCCCAGUGGGAAUAACGGGAAUCUGGGAAUGAGGGAAUUGGGAUGAGAGGGCAUCCAGGAGAUGUUCCAGGUGCCGGGAAUGACGCGGGAAUCUGGGAAUCUGGGAAUUGGGAAUUGGGAUGAGAGGGCAUCCAGGAGAUGUGCCGGGAAUUCCCAAUGGGAAUAACGGGGAAUGCGGGAAUGGGGAUGAGAGGGCAUCCAGGAGAUGUUCCAGGUGCCGGGAACGGCGCGGGAAUCUGGGAAUGACGGGGAUGCGGGAAUCUGGGAAUGCGGGAAUUGGGAUGAGAGGGAUCCAGGAGAUGUUCCAGGUGCCGGGAAUUCCCAAUGAGAAUCUGGGGAUGCGGGAAUCUGGGAAUGCGGGAAUUGGGAUGAGAGGGCAUCCAGGAGAUGUUCCAGGUGCCGGGAAUUG